UCCACACGCGGAGGCUGCGCCUUCUUUCCCGUGGGGCUUCAGGCUGGGCACACUGGGGGCCAUGCAGAAGGCUGGGGCAAGGGGCCGGAGGGCCUCGGACUGCGGCCCUGCCCCUCACCGGCCCAGGUGCAUCACCAAGUUUGCCCAGCAGUACGUGGGCUCCUUCCCCGUGGACGACCUGGACACCCAGGAGAGCGUGUGGCUGGUGCAGCAGCAGCUGUGGGCACUGAAGGACUGUCCCCGACGUCGGGCCGUCAUCCUGAAAUUCAGCCUCCAGGGCCUCAAGAUCUACGGCGGGGAGGGUGAGCUGCUCCUGAUGGCGCACGCCCUGCGGCGAAUACUCUACUCCACCUGGUGCCCAGCUGACUGCCAGUUUGCCUUCGUGGCCCGGAACCCUCAGAGCCCGGCCAGCAAGCUCUUCUGUCACCUUUUCGUGGGCAGCCAGCCUGGAGAGGUCCAGGUCCUGCACCUGCUGCUCUGCCGCUCCUUCCAGCUCGCUUACCUCUUGCAGCACCCUGAGGAGCGGGCACAGCCUGAGCCCUGUCUGGGGCCCACAGGGGACAUGCCCCUGAAGUCCCUGUCCAGCCCCGGGGCCCGCCCUGGCCUAGUACAGGAGCCCUUUGGCCGCGAUCAGCUCUCAGAGAAUGUUUAUGCACUGGUGUCCUUCCGGCGGCUGCCAGCAGAGGGGCCCAUGGGCAGUGGGAAGGAGCUGCCAUUGUUGGAAGGUCAUGGGGGUGCCCGCCACAUCCGCCUUGGGAAUCCCUACUGCUCACCCACUCUGGUGCGCAAGAAGGCCAUCCGCAGCAAGGUGAUCCGCUCCGGGGCCUACCGAGGCUGCACCUACGAGACCCAGCUGCAGCUGUCAGCCCGCGAGGCCUUUCCUGCUGCCUGGGAGAAGUGGCCCCGGGGUCCCAGUGGCUCCUCAUGCUUGAUGGAGAGUGAGGGCAGCCUGACAGAGAACAUCUGGGCCUUCGCUGGCGUCUCCAGGCCCAGUGCCCUAGCCUUGCUGCGGAGAGACGUGCUUGGGGCCUUCCUGCUGUGGCCUGAGCCGGGUGCCAGUGGCCAGUGGUGCCUGUCGGUCCGGACGCUGUGCGGCAUCGUGCCCUACCAAGUCUACCGGAACCACCUGGGCCGCUACUGCGUGGAGCACCUGCCCGCCGAGUUCCCCAGCCUGGAGGCCCUGGUGGAGCAUCACGCUGGGACUGAGCGCAGCCUCUUCUGCUCCCUCGACAUGGGCCGCCUGAACCCUGGCUACGAGGAGCACGACUGCAGGCCCGAGGGCAGGCCUUCCCGGACACUCCGGCCCCUCAGCCACGCCAAGUCGGAGGCAGAACUGCAGGGCCUGGGCUAGGAGGCCAGCCCCCACACCAGCAGGCCCUGCGUCACCCUGGCCCCUGGGCCUCAGCCAGCCACUCUGCCCUUCUUCCACCCCGCUGGUCACCAGUUCUAGCCAGUCACUCUGCCCCUUGGGCCAGUCUUCUGUCCCUUCACUGGUUGUGUGGGGGAGCCUUGAGAUUGGGGAUUGCCAAUGGCUUCUUAUACAACACGUGGCCCCUUGAGAUUAUAGGAAGGGCAGGCAUCUGUGAACUUGCUGGGUGACUUUGGCUGCUUGUCCUCUCUGGGCUUCGCUGGAGCUUUCUCGGGUGGGUGGGAAGGCCUACUCACAGUGGAGGUGUAGCCCC